AUGGCUUUUAGCAUUCUAGAGAGUGAUCGAAUAGACCGUUACGAGUUUGAAAUUUUUAUUGGUCAAGUUAAUUUUACGGGAUUGCAAGACAACCCAGAGAACUGCAAUGCAAAUAAAAAAAAAGUUUUAGACGAAUCGAAAUUAAAACAAGAAAAAGUAUCAAAUUCAGUGUAUACUAUAAAGGCRUUGUUGGAUAACAUAUUACAAUUGAACAUAUCCAAUURCGACGAGAUUGAGGAAGAUCCUGAAGAUCAAUGCUUAACUUAUUAUGAUCAUUUUGAAUUAAAUGAGUCGCUUACUAAUAUUGUUAAACAACUUACCGAACGAUAUUCCGUUAAUGAAAAACCCAGCUGUAGUGCGAAAAAUAUUUGUUUCGACAUCACGUACAAAGAAAGUGAAAAAGUGACUAAUACCACGAAGUCCACGAUAAAUAGAGGUGUGAUCUGUAUUUUUGCCUGUGUACCUAGGACAUUAGUUACAAUUUUACAAAACAAACCUUUGGAAUUAAUAAUCUGUGACGACCAACAAGAGGGUCAAAUAAACUUAGGCAUUGUAUCCAUCAUGCUCAGCAGUUCGAUGGGGUUUACUAGUGCAAUAGGUAUCCAUUUUUAUGAAAAAGGUUACGAUCCAUAUUCACAUACUGUCGAAAACGUAUACGAAGUUAAAAAUAUGAAUGGUAGUCGAACCAUUGGAGAUAUGUUUGUGCGUUUGAAGCUAACAUGUCACGGACCCGAAACAAUGCAAGUCAAUCAAAUUGUAUUAAAAUCAAACCAACCGGAACUGCAACCUAUAUUCAACGAUAGCGAUUCAUUUGAUUUUCAUUUUGAUAAACAUAUCAUCCAAUCUCCACCAACGAUGAUGUAUGGCAGUAUAAACAAAUGCUUGGGAAAUAUACAAGUAUUAAACCCUGAAAUAAAAGAGCUUCUCGAUUGCCAAUGGAACCAAGAAGUAAAAGAAAAUAAACCAUGUAUUUGUCCUUGUAAAGGAUUAAUUGGAAAUGUAAAAAACAUUUUGUUUGACGAUUCAAAACAAUUUAACGCCUUGGUGUGUAAGUCAAACUUAGAAGUAAACCAAGUCUGUAGCAGUGUUAAAACUUGUGGCUCAGCGAAUUAUGACAAAAUACCAAAUUGCAAUGAUUGUAUGGAAAAGAAAUCAAGAUAA